AUGUUUAAGAACUUUGACUACCAGAUUGUGGUGGACAACAAUGAGAGUGGGUCUUCUUCUUCUUCUUCUGACGACGAGGACAGUAGUGGUUCCCAUACCGACUCCGACUCCGACUCCGACUCCGAUUCAGGGUCAUGGUCAGGUAGCGGUAGUGACAGUGACAGUAGCGGGUACACACGUGCGACGAAGAAGCAAAAGGGGAGGAAGGAGUAA